AGUGGUAGACGCAUAUACCACUUUAAAACCAAGAUCCCCAACAACUCUCCAAAAGUUUCAAUUGAUACAGCCGACAAUCACCCAAAGUAGAGAACAGAGAAGCAAACCCCACAAUGAAGAUCAAAGCCAUCAGCCGGUCCGUAUCGGCCCAGCAGCCCCCCGGCACCGACACCGUCAAGCAGCCCCGGAACCUCGACUCGGCCAUCCACCCCUUCGAGCGCGCCCGCGAGUACAAGCGCGCCCUCAACGCCGUCAAGCUCGAGCGCAUGCACGCCGCGCCCUUCAUCGGCCAGCUGGGCCGCGGCCACGUCGACGGCGUCUACUCCAUCGCAAAGGACCCCAACGCGCUCGAGCGCUUCUCCAGCGGUAGCGGCGACGGCGUCGUCAAGGUCUGGGAUCUGACAAGUCGAGAGGAAAUCUGGCACGCCACAGCGCAUGAGAACAUUGUCAAGGGCCUCGAGUGGACGCGCGACCAGAAGCUGCUGACCUGCGCUGCGGACCGCUCCAUCAAGCUCUUCGACCCGUACAAUCUGCCCAGCGAGUCGGCGCCCAUCUCAUCGUGGCUCGGCUCCGGCGCCUUCACGAGUCUCUCGCACCACCGCUCGCGCAACGCCUUCGCCGCCGCGUCGAGCGUAAUCUCCAUCUACGACCUCGAGCGCCACACCGCCGCGCCCGAGGUCCUGCACUGGCCCACCGCCACCGACACAAUCACAAACGUCGCCUUCAACCACGUCGAGACGUCCGUCCUAGCCUCGUGCUCCAACGACCGCUCCAUUGUCAUCUACGACCUGCGCACCUCCACGCCCGUCGCAAAGUCCGUCCUCACCUUUGCCUGCAACCGCAUCGCCUGGUCGCCCAUGGAGGCCUUCAACUUCGCCGCCGCCUCCGAGGACCACAAUGUCUACCUCUUCGACAUGCGCAAGAUUGACCGUGCGCGCAACGUCCUCAAGGGCCACGUCGCCGCUGUAAUGGACGUCGAGUUCUCCCCCACCGGUGAGGAGCUCGUCACCGCCUCCUGGGACCGCACCGUGCGCCUGUGGGAGCGCGACCGCGGCCACGCCCGCGACGUCUACCACACCAAGCGCAUGCAGCGCGUCAUGUCCGCCAAGUGGACGCCCGACGCAAAGUACGUCCUGUCCGGCUCCGACGACGGCAACGUGCGCAUCUGGCGCGCAAACGCCUCCCAGCGCCAGGGCAUCAAGUCGGCCCGCCACCGCCAGGCCCUCGAGUACAACGAUGCCCUCGUUAAGCGCUUCGGACACAUGCCCGAGAUCAACCGCAUCAAGCGCCACCGUCACCUGCCAAAGGUCAUCAAGAAGGCCGGCGAGAUCAAGAACGAGGAGCUCAAGUCCAUCAAGCGAAAGGAGGAGAACGAGCGGAAGCACUCGAGCAAGCAGUUCCAAGCACGCAAGGGCGAGAGAGAAAAGAUGGUGCUGGCUCGAGAAAAGUAAAAAAAGACAGAAAGGUUGCUGGGUUAUUGGGACAGUGGUUACUGUUUGCUUGUCAAGGGUUUUUAUACCAAAACGUAAAAAAGGGAGACCUUACGGUAGUUGCAUGGCACGGCGUUCAGGAUUUAAAAAGGGGGUUAUUGCUUUGUUCUACGAGAUACAUAAUGGACUGGACUUUUGUAGCAUCAUAUUUGCCAGUAGCACUGACGAAUCAAAAGAUUAUUCGUUAAAAGAUAUAGCAAGACAGGCGCAAUCAUUAUCAUAAAAUUUCUCUUCAAGUCAAGCAGUCAAUUCUGUGAUGAAAAUACUAUAUCGCCUCUUCAUUCGAGAGACAAGCUAAAUCUAUCUCAACUAGACGCGAAGAAAAAACGACAUCUUCCAAUACUUUUCGUUCUGUGCUUGAAAAGAGAAGAACAAACAAACAUGAAAGACAAAAGGUACGCAACUUUUUUCCCCAUCUAGUCUUCAUCGUAGAAAGUAACAAAAGUCGGCAUCCGAAAUCCGACAGAGAGAAGAAGAAGAAAGCAACAAAAAUCAAGUCCAUAAGCCGGCUAAAGUACCACAUUUCCUUCGUUCCUGAUUACCUCCCCUUAAACGCCACGGAGCUUGCCUAACAUGAAUCAAGGCAGUUAAAAGAAAAAGAAGAAAAGUGACAAAAGAAAGGAAAAAAAGACAAAUAGCAAGGCAUUUUCAAUGCCCCCCAAUGCAAAGGCAGACUUGUGCCCACCCGUGAUCAACGGCUACUCUUCCUCAUCCUCUGCCUGAAGAAUGAAAGAGCUGCAGUUGUUCGUGUUAUGCUUGUGUGUCCUGUUUCUCCCUGAAUUAAUGUGUCCAUUCCCCUGUAAGCAUCGCGAUCCUUCCGCGUGUGCCGUUCCAACGCCAAGAUUUGUUUCCGUUAAUAUUGUACAGCUAAUGCAUUGCCUGGCCUGCUUAUCCCGGCGGAUAUCUUAAGAGACAGUAAAGAAAAAAAAAAAAGAAAAAAAAAAAAAGAUGGAGAAUGGAGGAUAAAAGUGACCACACAAAAUAGAAGCCAUCAGACGGUGCCUCUAGCAGCCUUCUGAGGCCUGUAAUUGGGAAGCUCCUCGAACCAGCCUCGCACGUCGUUAUAGCGGUAGGCAUGGAAGGCAAUACCGUAAGGCUUGGGCUCGAUCGAAUAAAGCAUGCCCAAAGGCACAUCCAUAUCGGUAAUGUCCUCUCGCGUCAGGUCCAUGAAGUAGGCCAUCAGGACGCGGCAGACGGACCGGUGCCCAAUGAUGAGAACGUGGUCUGUGAUGCGCUCAAUCUCCCGCACCAUGUCGCGAAGGCGGCUGAUAACCUGGAGGUACCCCUCGCCACCAACACCCGGGUAGAUAUAAUUAAGCUUAUCCUGGGCACGCUUCUUGAACUCCUCGGGGCACUUUUGCGCAAUCUCCUUAUAAGUCAUUCCCUCAAAUUGGCCAGAGUUGAGCUCGUUUAGCAUUUCCCAGUUCUUGACGUCGUAGUCGUCGUCGACAUCAAAGUACUCGGCUGUCUCUACGCUGCGUUGCAGCAUUGACGUCCAGACGCAGAAGUUCUUGUCGUCGACAUCGCUGUACAUGUCGGGGUAAGGGGGAGUGUUGUCGCCAGGAAGAGGGGGAAAUGUCGCCUGCGCCAUCUUGCUCUUCUGCUCUAUGAUCCACUCCUUUCGCUUCUGUGUGAUGAAGCGAUGAAGAGCCUGGGCGUAGUAGUGGCCUUUCUCGGUAAGAGGCGCGUCACCACCUAAUCUGCCCAGCUCAUUGUCGAGGCUCUGGCCGUGUCUGGUGAUCCAAAUUUGUCGGGGGGCGAGAUUGAAGCUCGAGAGGUAGGUGCUAAGCCCACCGCUUAAGAAUCCCUUGAGCCUGUGCUGAAUCAGCUUUCGGCCGACAUCAACCAUCUACAAGACCGCGUUAGCCACAUGCUGGAAUAAAAAGAAAGAAGAC